GUUGAGCAUUAUGUAGGUGAUGUAAAAAUAAUGAAUUGUUAAAAAUAUGUAUAUUACCCCGUUCUCUUCCCAGGUCUCUUUCUACCGUCAUGCAGUGGAUGUGCCAAUGGAUAUAAAUUUGUUAAAAGGAAAUGUGUUGAUGAGGAUGAGUGUGCUGUUUAUCUGAUUGUGUGUGGCGAUCACGCUCAGUGUGUGAAUACAGAGGGAAGUUACUACUGCGCCUGUAAUGAAGGAUUCAAAAUGAGCUUAACAGGAUCGUGUAAAGACAUCGAUGAGUGUAGAGAUGAUCCAGAUGUUUGCGGCACAAACGCACACUGCUACAAUAAUCAAGGCGGAUACAGCUGCAAAUGUCACCAGGGUUACAGUAACUAUGGCAACGACCAGUCAAAAUGCAUCGAAAUGGACUGCGAUCAGUUUGGACCCGACCACAUGCCAGAGAAGUUUAAGCAUUUGAUGUCACUGUUGAAGAACAGCUGUGAGUCUCUGAAUGAUCCACAUGGAGAACAUGUCACUGGAGAGGAGCUGCUGCGGAACGUGUGCAGUUCCUCUGACGAGCUGCUGUCGGAUGGAAACAUCGCUGACGGGAAGACUCUGAAUCAGUUUCUGGACGCGGUGGAGAACAGCAUGCGUCUGAUCGGACCUCAGCUGAAAGAGCCUGUGACCAGGAUGGAGACGCACAACACCUUCGCUGAGGUUGCAGUCACACGGAAUCAGACUCCGCCCAGUGGGCGUGUCACUCUGAGCACAGACUCCGCCCUCUUCAGCACCAGCUGGGAAACAGUUGUAGGGAAAUCAUAUCCAGGUUUUGCGUUUGCGGCUCUGGUCAGUUAUAAAGAUCUGAACUCAUCCAGCGAUCUGCUCCACAAGAUGAGCAGAGAGAGAUCAGAUGAUGAAGAGAGACGCGUCACUUAUCAACUCAACUCUAAAGUGGUGACGGCCGUCGUCAGUAAUGCAGAAACCAAGCAUCUGUCAGAGCCGGUGAUGCUCGUCUUUACACACGAGGAGGUGAAGAUACUGACAAGAUCUCAGUGGAGACUGUUUCUGUCAAUG